CGCAGAUUCUCGUGUACGAAUUCGACAUAGGCGCUCUAACAGUGCUUCUGACAGGAACCCGAAAUUCUCAAGAGGUGGAGUUCUGCAUUCUAUAGAGAAAGACCAGGAUGAAUCUCUUGAAUCACCGCCUUCAGUGAGGGCUUCUAGGUUACAAAGUCCGUUGCAUGGCAACGUCACUUGUAUGAACAAGAAUAAUUUUUCAGGUCAUAGAGCAUCCUUGGAAAAAGAUGUUGAGCAGCUACAGUUACGCCUACAGCAGGAGAAAUCUAUGCGUAUCCUGCUCGAGGGAGCAAUGGGUCGAGCCUCAAGCACUUUAUCACCCGGACACAGGCACUUUGCUGCUCAGACAAAAGACUUAAUUGCUGAAAUUGAGUUACUUGAAGAAGAGGUUACAAGCCGUGAGCAGCAUGUGCUUGCUAUGUACAGGAGUAUUUUUGAACAGUGUGUUAGCCAGUCAUCUUCUGAACAAAAUUCUGGUGCGGCUUCACCAGCUCAUACAAGGCAUGAAUCCAGGAAGCAUCCAAGUAUAAUAUCAAGUGCUUUUUGUUCAUCAAAAAAGUUCCCCCUGCGACCCCUGCAAGCUAUGAUUUCUAACAAUGAAUUGAGGAAUAGAAUCUUUGGGUCAAGUCAUGCUCCUUUAUCAAGUAGCAAAGGCAAAGUUUAUUUUGGAAAGACUUGUACUGAUUCCACCAAGGUAGGAUAUAUUAGGAUUUCUAGAAUGGAGAAAACUCCAGUAUUGCGAACUUUAAAGGACCAUCUAUACCAGUGUCCAAGUAGGCUUUCUGAGGAGAUGGUGAGGUGUAUGGCAACUGUAUAUUGCUGGCUUCGAAGUGCAACUUCUGUGAAUACUGAAAAGAGCAGAUCACCUUUAUUGUCAAGGUCAUCCACUAAUGCUAUACCGCCUGGACAUGAUGUUGGAGAGAAUCGAGACUGUACUUGCAAAUCAGCAGUGGAAAUAUCUUGGAUAGCUACUCGUAAACGUCAUUCUUCUCAUGCUUCUUAUGCCAUCGACAACUACAGAGUUCUAGUUGAACAACUUGAAAGGGUGAAUAUCAGUCAAAUCGAACGUGAUGGACAAAUUGCGUUCUGGAUCAAUGUGCAUAAUGCUCUUGUGAUGCAUGCAUAUUUGGCAUAUGGAAUUCCCCAGGGCUCUCUCAGGAGGUUGGCCUUGUUUCACAAGGCUGCAUACAACAUUGGCGGUCAUAUCAUAAGUGCUAAUACCAUAGAACAAGCGAUAUUUUGCUUCCGAACACCCCGCAUUGGACGGUGGCUUGAAAGCAUUGUGUCCGCUGCACUGAGGAAGAAAAGUGGUGAAGAAAGACGGCUUAUCAACUCAAAAUUGGGUAUUACAGAUUCCGAGCCCCUUGUCUGCUUUGCCCUUUGCACUGGAGCAUUGUCAGAUCCUGCGCUAAAAGUUUACUCAGCAUCAAAUGUAAGGGAAGAGCUGAAUGUUGCUAAGAGAGAGUUUCUUCAAGCAAAUGUAGUUGUAAAGAAGUCAAGUAAAGUUUUUCUCCCUAAAUUGGUGGAAAGAUUUUCUAGAGAAGCAUCAAUCAGCAUAGAUGAUCUCCUUGGAUGGAUCAUGGAAAGUGUUGACGAGAAACUGCAUGAUUCAAUACAGAAGUGCCUUGAUCGUAAAUCCAACAAAAAGUCAUUUCAGAUCAUAGAAUGGCUGCCUUACAAUUCUAGGUUCAGGUACAUGUUCUCAAAGGAUCUAAUAGACACACCAUGGUUGCUCUGA